AAACAAUUAGGCAUUUCCCUGUCAAGUGUUGAUAUAUAUAUUUAUAUAAGCCAAAGAAUACCAAACUUCUCAUAUCUUGUUUUGCCAGCAACCAAAGAAACUACUAAUAAACUCUCUCUUCUCUCUAUAUAUCUCCAGAAAUAAAGGAGAUUUCCCUGCUUUUGUCUUCCUAGACUCUCAGCAGAUUCCUGAUUUCAUGUUUACCAAAAAACAAGACCCUCCUUUUAGCCAAGAUUUCACCAAAAACAAGAUUGACAGACUAAUUUGAAGUGUACUAAAAAGACAUCACUUAUUGUGCAACUAUAUAUAUUUAUCAGUUUAUUCUGAGUUUGUCAUGUCAAAUAUAACAGGUGAAGAAGGCAGCUUCUCUUCUGGCAACACUGGUGAAGAAGUUCAGCAGCUUCAUCACGGAAAACAGCAGCAGCAGCAGUUCCAUGGCAGCCUUCCUUCUGAUUCCUCACCUUCUCUUCCAGCUGCUAAGAAGAAAAGAAAUCUUCCAGGAACUCCAGAUCCGACGGCUGAAGUUGUUGCUCUGUCUCCUACUACACUAAUGGCAACCAACAGAUUUGUCUGUGAAAUUUGUAACAAGGGUUUCCAGAGAGAUCAGAACUUGCAGUUGCACCGCAGAGGUCACAAUCUUCCCUGGAAGCUGAGGCAGAGAACGAGCACCGAGGUGAGGAAACGAGUUUAUAUAUGCCCGGAGCCAAGCUGUGUCCACCAUAAUCCUGCAAGAGCAUUAGGUGACCUUACUGGAAUCAAGAAACAUUAUAGUCGAAAACACGGAGAAAAGAAAUGGAAAUGUGACAAAUGUUCGAAGAAAUAUGCUGUGCAAUCAGACUGGAAGGCUCAUCAAAAGACUUGUGGCACCAGGGAGUAUAAAUGUGACUGUGGCACUAUUUUCUCCAGGAGAGAUAGCUUUAUAACUCACAGAGCAUUCUGUGAUGCACUGGCUGAAGAGAACAGCAAAGUGAACCAAGGACUAAUGAAUAGUAUGGGGUCAAAUUUACAAGCUCAGAUGCCUCAUGAGCUCCUCUCAUCAAUGCCUAAUAGCACUUCCAUGGCAAUGACUGAAUUCAACAACAAUUAUGACAACAAAAGCCCAAUGAAGUCACUCCCCUCGGACCUCGUGGCGUUUAAGCCCAUGAACAUGGCUGGUGGUAUGUUCUCCACCAGCUCAGGAACACUUUUUGGUGGUCAGAGAAACAAUGCACCUUCCUCUUCAUCUGGGCUUCAGCUCAGCUCAAAUAGUCCUGCUAGCUUCAAUGGACAGGGCCAGGUUUCCGGGACAGCCCACAUGUCUGCAACAGCAUUGUUGCAGAAGGCGGCCCAAAUGGGGGCAACUGCAAGUAAUAGCAUAAACUCUCCUAUGAUGCAGAAGAGUUUUGUUAGUAGCAUGGCAGGUCCAAUGAUGCAAAGCCCUGGUAAUAAUUCUUAUGAGAAUUUUCAGACACAGCCUGAUCAGACAACUAUGGUUGGAAUCACUCCUGGAGGAGCAUAUGGAAAUGCACAAAUGUUGCAAAAGGGCCCACAAGAAGUGGCCCAGAUGUUCGGGUCCGGGCCCGCUAAUUCGCCGACAAUGAGUGACAUGGGAAUGUUUAGUGACAUGCUUAUGGGCAAUGACCAACAAAAUCAUGCAGGAUUCAUUAAAAACACGGGCAAUCAAGACAAUGACGGGACAAUGGGCUGGAACACGACAGGCCCGUCAAGAUUCGGAGGACUAGGCGGGCCUGCCGGAGUAGCACCACCGGGAGGUGGCAGCGGCGGCAAUGACAUGUUGACGGUAGAUUUCUUGGGGAUUGGAGGAGGGUCAAGGCCACCAAAUGUGCAUGAGCAACAACAAAGAAUGCAAAUGGCAAAUCCUUUUCAACAACUAUCACAUGCAGAAUCAGACAUGGAAAAGCCCAUUUGGGAUGUUUAAGGAUAACCCAUCCAUUUCAUUUUGGGCUUACUUCAGCCCAAACUUGAUUUUUACCACAGGGCUUAAAUUGAGUGGGCCGAAUGAGCUUUUGAAAUAGAGCCAUGCUCUUGAGCUAGUUGUUAUUAGUUCUAAUCUUGAAUAACAGAAGCCUGUUUAGGCUAAUUAGGGCAAUAACAAAGGUGACGCCUUGUUUAUUAAAACUGCAUUGCCCGAUAGCA